AUGCCCUAUGUAAAGGGAGAGGGACCAUCACAGAUGGUCGCAGAUCUUGUUUCUGCUGAUUAUGGGUGGCUGCAGUCACCUAAUGGAAAAGAGGAGGCUCGCGUCUUCAAAGCAGGAAAAAAUUGUGAAGGGUACUUCACAAACCAGGACAUCCUUGAACAAGCUCAAAGAUCAAUGGAUAUUCUAGAGAAGCACUACACCAAUGAAAACCAUGUCCUCAUGUUUGACAAUGCAACAACUCCCUUAAAAUAUGGCAAGCUGUUGAAAGGAAACAUUCAAAUGGGUGAUGCAACCUUCGCAGAUGGAUCAAAACAGUCACUCUAUUUCAGUGAAGAUGCUGGACCCAAAGCCAGUCUCUUCAAAGGUAUGGCUGUGAUCUUGCACGAGCAAGGCCUGAUUUAG